AGAGCAACAAAAUUUUUUAAAAAAAAUCACCGAGUAUUAAUUAAAAAAAGAAAGGUCUAAAAAGAAAUCGAAAAUUCCACACAAAGCCUCCUUAAUAAAAACCCAUCAAACUCUAAUUCUAGGUGUUUUUGAAUAGAAAUUUCCAGAACCUGUUUGGUCCCCAAUCUUCCCUCUCUCUUUCUCUUUCGUUCGUCAAAGAUCCAUUUUUCUUUAUAAAAUCAAUUGGUGUAAUUGCUACUGAAAAUGAGCGUUGUUGGGUUUGAUUUUGGCAAUGAGAGCUGCAUUGUUGCUGUUGCAAGACAGAGAGGGAUUGAUGUUGUGCUUAAUGAGGAAUCAAAGCGUGAAACUCCAGCCAUUGUAUGCUUUGGGGAGAAGCAGAGAUUCAUUGGUACUGCAGGGGCAGCAUCUUCUACUAUGAACCCUAAAAAUUCAAUUUCUCAGAUAAAGCGGUUGAUUGGCCGUCAGUUCUCAGAUCCUGAGUUGCAAAGGGAUCUUAAGUUGCUACCAUUCAAUGUCACUGAGGGUCCUGAUGGAUAUCCUUUGAUUCAUGCUCGUUAUUUAGGUGAAACGAGAACUUUUACUCCAACCCAAGUCUUGGGAAUGGUUUUGUCAAAUUUGAAAAGCAUAGCUGAGCAGAAUCUAAAUUCAGCAGUGGUUGAUUGCUGCAUUGGUAUUCCUGUAUAUUUCACCGAUCUUCAAAGAAGGGCAGUUUUAGAUGCAGCUACAAUUGCAGGCUUGCACCCUCUCCGCUUGAUUCAUGAAACUACAGCAACAGCAUUGGCUUACGGCAUCUAUAAGACUGAUUUAUCUGAAAAUGACCAAUUAAAUGUUGCCUUUGUUGAUAUUGGACAUGCUAGCAUGCAAGUUUGUAUUGCUGGCUUCAAGAAGGGGCAACUCAAGAUAUUGGCUCAUUCAUUUGACCACUCUCUGGGUGGUAGAGAUUUUGAUGAAGUUCUAUUUUGGCAUUUUGCUGCAAAAUUUAAAGAGGAAUACAAGAUUGAUGUCUUCCAGAAUGCAAGGGCAUGUAUUAGGCUUCGGGCUGCUUGUGAGAAGCUAAAGAAGGUACUUAGCGCAAAUCCUGAGGCGCCUUUAAAUAUUGAGUGCUUAAUGGAUGAGAAGGAUGUUAGGGGCUUCAUUAAGAGAGAGGAGUUUGAGCUGAUCAGUGCUCCAAUUUUGCAACGUGUGAAGAGGCCGUUGGAGAAGGUACUUGCUGAUGCUGGUCUUGCAGUUGAGGAUGUUCACAUGGUUGAGGUUGUUGGUUCAGCAUCUCGUAUUCCUGCUUUGAUAAAAAUCCUCAUAGAGUUCUUUGGUAAAGAGCCUAGGCGCACAAUGAAUGCUAGUGAAUGUGUUGCAAGGGGUUGUGCUUUGCAAUGUGCAAUUCUUAGUCCCACAUUCAAAGUUCGGGAGUUUCAGGUCAAUGAGAGCUUCCCUUUUCCAAUUUCACUAUCAUGGAAAGGAUCUUCUCCAGAUGCUCAGAAUGGAGGAGCAGAACAACAGCAACUGGUUUUUCCAAAGGGAAAUCCGAUACCCAGUGUCAAGGCUGUGACAUUCCACAAAACGAGUACUUUCAGUGUUGAUGUUCAAUAUUCUGACAUAAGUGAUUUGCAGGCCCCUGCAAAGAUCAGUACAUACACGAUUGGUCCUUUUCCAACAAUAAGAAGUGAACGACCAAAACUGAAGGUCAAAGUUCGUUUGAAUUUGCAUGGAAUUGUGUCCCUUGAGUCAGCAACACUCUUGGAAGAGGAAGAAGUUGAAGUUCCAGUUUCAAAAGAGCAGGCAAAAGAAGAUACUAAGAUGGAGACUGAUGAAGCACCUAGUGAUACUACUGCCCCCAGUGCCAAUGAGACAGAUAUUAACAUGCAAGAUGCCAAGGGUACAGCUGAUGUAGCAGGGGUUGAAAAUGGUGUUCCCGAGUCAGGGGACAAGCCUGUCCAAAUGGAUACCGAUACCAAAGUUGAGGCUCCCAAGAAGAAGGUGAAGAAAACAAAUGUCCCAGUGGCAGAGUUGGUGUAUGGUGCAAUGUCACCUGCUGAUGUUCAAAAUGCUGUAGAGAAGGAGUUUGAAAUGGCUUUGCAAGAUAGGGUUAUGGAAGAAACAAAGGAUAAAAAAAAUGCUGUUGAGGCCUAUGUCUAUGACAUGAGGAAUAAGCUUAGUGAUAAAUACCAUGAUUUUGUCACUGCUUCGGAGAAGGAAGAGUUUAUUGCUAAGCUUCAGGAAACAGAGGAUUGGCUAUAUGAAGAUGGGGAGGAUGAAACAAAGGGUGUUUAUGUUGCCAAGCUUGAAGAGCUUAAGAAGCAAGGGGAUCCUAUUGAAGAACGUUACAGAGAGUAUACCGAGAGGGGAACUGUCAUCGAUCAGCUUGCUUACUGUAUUAAUAGUUACAGGGAGGCGGCCAUGUCAAAUGAUCCCAAAUUUGAUCACAUUGAACUUGCUGAAAAGCAAAAGGUCUUAAAUGAGUGUGUGGAAGCUGAAGCCUGGCUAAGGGAGAAAAAACAGCAGCAGGAUCAACUUCCUAAGUAUGCCACUCCUGUUCUCUUGUCAGCUGAUGUGAGAAAGAAGGCUGAAGCACUAGACAGGUUUUGCAGGCCAAUAAUGACAAAACCUAAACCAGCUAAACCAGCCACGCCUGAAAAACCAGCAACCCCACCUCAACCACAGGGUGCAGAUGCCAGUGCCAACCCGAAUGCAAGCCCUAACCACAACACUGACCCCAGUGAAAAUGUGCAGGCAGGCAAUGGUGAGGAACCUCCAGCAUCUGCAGAACCAAUGGAAACUGACAAAUCGGAGACUACUUCAAGUAGUGCAUAAAUUAUUAGCCUGGUGAUCUUUUUUGGAUUUAUGUGGCCAAAAUUUGUUCCGCAUGUGUGAGCAUUAUUUUCACAAGAGCCUGAGACCGACUCUUUGGGUAAGCAGUUAAGAGAGGCUGUGUUGAUCAGGUUGUUGUUUUCAAUCUGUAAAGCCUUCUCGUUGCAAUGUCUGCCAAGAUUUGUUAUUAUUAAGAGUGAGUCUUUAGAAUCGGUUUUUUUUUUUUUUUUUUCCGUAAGUUAAAGACUGCUAUUGAGCUUUCUUGCUAACAUUUUUCUGUUAGUGGGAGGCUAAAAUUUACUCCUUUUAAAGGAUUUCACGUGUUAAUCCUUAUGUCUGUAGGAUUUGCUUUGGGAUUAGUAAUCACUUAAAUUCUGGGUAUUGUUUCUUGA